AUACUCAACAAACAGGGAGUUGGGGUGGCCACAGCAAUUUGCCUAUUAUGUUGGGUUCCUUAAAAUGUGGGGUUAAUUGCCCACUUGCCACACUCAUCACCUUCCUAAAUUACCUUUAACUGUCCACAUAAUUAGCUGUAAUCAUAAAAGUAUAUCACUCCCAAAACCCCCAAUUUGAACAAAACAAACCAAUUUUUUUUGGUACAAAAUCGUCUUCUAUUUUCCUAUCAUGGAAAUACAGAUUUCUUCACCUCAUUCACUUCCUCCUUUUUGGGUAGUUGGGAUUUACUUCUAUUUUAUCUACUCUUUUGUUUCUAUCAUUUUUUACUAGUUCUAUUUCAAGUGUUACUCAACAAAAAGAAAAACCCCAAAAGUUCAUAAAAGAGAACAUGAAGGAAUCCCCUGUUUUUCCUGGGUUCGAGACGGCCAAGAACGACAACUGCAACAAUGGAUUUGAUUUCCAGACAGAUUUCACACAGUUCUUGGUAGAGGCGAGGAAAUUUGCUAAUGAGAAGAAGAUGCAACCAGUAAUAGAACAACAAAGUAGUACAAAAAAAGUGGGAGCAAAUCAAGAAAAAAAGGGAAAGAAGAAAUCAUGGAAAACUGCAUUGUUUUCAUUUUGGAGAUCAUCAUCAUCAGAAAAGAAGGCUAAACAACAGCCUAAUGAAAAAUCGUGUCCUAAGAGACGCGGCCAUGUUUCGGGCCCGGUGUACGGCGUUGUAGGAGCUGCAACCACCAUCGGCGGCGGGCAGUGGCAGCGGCUAGCGGUGUCAGGGCCAAUGAGUAGUCAAUUUCAUCAGAAGAAGAUGAAGGGAUAUGAGGAUGGAAUAGGAAUAGCAUAUGUUAGCCUUGAAAGGCUUAAUCAACCUGAAUAUGAUUCCAAAACUUAUGGUCCUGUUUACUUAGUUUCUUAACUAACUUUUUGUGUCAACUGUCAACUAGGUUUAUUUUGUUAGGAUAAUAAUAAGUACUACUUCACUGGGUCAAUUUUGAUAA